AUGGGAGUUGUCACUUAUGAACUGGAGGUGACUUGUGCCCACCCCCCAGCCAAGAUGUUCAAGGCCUUUGUCCUUGAGGCUGAUAAUCUCUUCCGCAAGGUUUUGCCACAAGAAGUUAAGAGUGGCGAACUCCUCGAAGGCGAUGAAGGUGUUGGAAGCAUCAAGAAAGUUACCUUUGUGGAAGGCGACAAAACCACUUACUUGAAGCACAAGAUUGAUGCAAUAGACAAAGAAAAUUUUGUAUUCUGCUACACCAGCUUCGAAGGUGACUUUUUGGUUAACAAAUUUGAGAAAAUUAGUCACGAGACCAAGUGGGUGCCAUCUCCUGAUGGAGGAUCAAUCUUUAAGUCCACUACCAAAUUCUACACCUUACCUGGCUUUGAGAUGCCAGAGGAUUUAAUUAAAUAUCAUAAACAGAAGGCCACUAACGCGGUCAAGGCUUUUGAAGCAUACCUCCAGGCCAAUCCUGAUGCCUGUUAG